CCAGCCGGGGUUGAGGAGAUCUCUCUUGGAGCUGGAGAGGAGAGGUCGGCCGUCUCUCUCUGCCAGCAGCCGCCGGACUUCUCUGCAGCCUCCUGCCAAUUCAACGAUGGAUCUGCGGACUGAAAGAGUCUUUGGGAUUAUCGCUCGGGUCGCCCUGCUUGUGUCCAGUUUGAGCGGGACAGUCGCGGAAGAUUCAUGUGACAGUGCAUUGGUGUCCAACCUUCUGCCGCCUUCCUUCAGAAGCUCCUCCCAAUUGUCCAGCAGCCACGCACCAGGUUUCGCCAAACUCAACAGGAGAGACGGAGCUGGAGGUUGGUCUCCGCUCAUCUCAGACAAGUAUCAGUGGCUGGAGGUGGACUUGGGUGAGCGCACCAAAAUUACAGCUGUUGCCACGCAGGGUCGCUACGGCAGCUCUGAUUGGUUGAUGUCCUACCUGCUGAUGUUCAGCGACACGGGACACAACUGGAAGCAGUACAGACAGGAGGACAGUAUAGGGUCUUUUCCAGGUAACAGCAAUGCAGACAGUGUGGUGCAGUACAAGCUGCAGCAGCCAGCAGUUGCUCGCUACCUCCGCCUCAUUCCUCUAGACUGGAAUCCCAGCGGACGGAUCGGACUUCGGUUGGAGACAUAUGGAUGUCCUUACACCUCUGACGUGGUGAGCUUUACCAGCAGCAGCAGCGGCCUGGUGUAUCGGCCGAGUCCUGGAGCAAGACGAACAUCCAAAGAGGUCAUCUCUCUGAAGUUUAAAACUCUGAGGAAUUCUGGGACACUGCUGCAUGCCGAGGGGCUGGAGGAACUCUGCAUCAGUGUGGAGCUAGACAGGGGAAAGUUGCUGCUUCUGCUCAGCCGAGGCAGCGCUUCGUCCUCUAAGCGUCAGCUUCUCGCCUCCCUCGGCAGCCUGCUAGAUGACCAGCACUGGCAUCAUGUCGUACUGGAGCAUAAAAACAGUCACUUCAACCUCACUGUGGACAAACACACUGAGAGAGUCCAGAUCCCUGCAGAGUUCAACCACUGGGGCAUCAAACAGCUUAGUGUCGGGGGAGCCCAGAAGCCAGUCUCCGCUGAGAAGAACUUCUAUGGCUGUCUGGAAAACUUGCUCUACAACGGUCUCAACCUGAUAGAAACAGCGAGAAACGGUGACCAUCAAAUUACUGUAAAGGGCAAUGUGACCUUUUCUUGUGCUGAGCCAGUUUCCAUUGCCGUGACGUUUCCAGGGCCUCAGAGCUUCCUCCAGUUACCGUCGACACCCUCAUCCUCCUCAGUGGGUUUGACCGUAGGGUUUCAGUUCAGGACUUGGAACAAGGCGGGGCUUCUGCUCACCUUUGACCUCCCUCAGCAAGAGAGUGUGGUCUGGUUGUACCUGCAUGAGUCCAGACUCCAUCUGCAGAUCAAUAAAGGUGGCAGGGCGCUGCUGGAGCUCAGCACAGGUUCUGCUUUGAAUGAUGGUCAGUGGCAUUCAGUGGAUCUUACCUUCAGAAGCGGUCGCCUAACAGUCUCUGUGGAUAAACAGGAAGGAGGCGUUUCUCAUGCUACACCCUCAUUUCCUGUCACCAUAUCAAGUCAUUUCUUCUUUGGAGGUUGUCCUGCUGAGGAUCACAAUCAGGAAUGUAGAAACCCCUUUGGAAUUUUCCAGGGUUGCAUGCGUCUCCUCACAGUCGGGAACCAUGCUGUGGAUCUGAUCAGGGUGCAGGAAAGACUUCUGGGAAACUACAGCCAACUGCAAAUCGACAUGUGUGGCCUCAUCGACAGGUGUUCUCCCAGUCACUGUGAACAUGGUGGCCUCUGCAGUCAGUCCUGGACCAUCUUCCACUGUAACUGCUCUGACAGCGGCUACACCGGCGCCACCUGCCACAGCUCUGUGUAUGAACAGUCCUGCGAAGCGUACAAACACAAGGGCAACACGUCUGGAUAUUUUUAUAUCGACGUGGACGGCAGCGGACCGAUCAAACCGCAGCUGAUCUACUGCAACAUGACAGAAGAGAACACAUGGAUGGUGAUUCAGCAUAACAACACAGAGCUGACCAGGGUGCGACCCUCUCCAGGCGUAAACCAGCAUUUAGUUUACUUUGACUACCCAUCUGGGGAGGAGCAGCUACUAGCUGUCAUCGACCAAUCAGAGCACUGCCAACAGGAACUGUCCUACCACUGCAGGAAGUCCCACCUCUUCAACACUCAAGAGGGCUCUCCAUUCAGCUGGUGGCUUGGUGGUCCUAGUCCAGGUCGUGUCCAGACUUAUUGGGGAGGAGCUCAUCCAGACAGCCAGCAGUGUGCCUGCGGCCUGCAGGGCAACUGUGUGGAUCCAAAUCACUACUGCAACUGUGAUGCCGACAGCAUGGAGUGGACUGAAGACUCGGGUCUUCUUACCCAUAAAGGGAGCCUCCCAGUCAGGUCUCUGGUUCUGGGUGACAUCCAGAGGCCGGGUUCAGAAGCUGCCUACAGGGUGGGAUCACUUCGUUGUCAUGGGGAUAAGAAUUUCUGGAACGCAGCGUUUUUUGACAAGGAGACGUCGUACCUCCACUUCCCCACCUUCCAUGGAGAACUGAGCGCGGACAUAUCCUUCCUUUUUAAGACUACGGCCUCCUCUGGGGUGUUCCUGGAAAACCUGGGCAUCAAAGAUUUUAUCCGCAUCGAACUGAGCUCCUCCAGUCAGGUGGUUUUUUCUUUUGACGUUGGUAACGGCCCACUGGAGGUAUUUGUAGAAUCCAGCGUCCCACUCAACGACAACCGUUGGCAUCGAGUUCGAGCUGAGCGCAACGUCAAGGAGGCUUCGCUUCAACUGGAUGAACUUCCUGUUGCUAGGCAGGAGGCUCCUGCUGAUGGUCACUUCCACCUUCAGCUCAACAGCCAGCUCUUCAUAGGAGGCACAGCAUCCAGGCAGAAGGGCUUCCGCGGCUGCAUUCGCUCUCUGCAGCUGAACGGCAUCACUCUGGACCUGGAGGAGAGGGCGAAGAUCACACCCGGGGUUCGACCCGGCUGCCCGGGUCACUGCAGCAGCUAUGGCUCGUUCUGCCAGAACCAGGGCCGCUGCAUGGAGAAACCCAACGGCUUCCACUGUGACUGCAGCCUGUCUGCAUACACCGGAGUCUUCUGCCAAACAGAGGUGUCAGCCAGCUUCAAGUUGGGAACGUCGGUCAUCUACACCUUUAAGGAGCCUUACGAGUUGAGCAGAAACAGCAGCUCUCUGCCCUCCUCCAUCUACUCUGACAUGACGCUGAGAGAAGAAAACGUGACCCUGAGCUUCAGGACCACCCAGAGUCCAGCUCUGCUGCUCUACGUCAACUCCUACUUCAGACAGUACCUGGCCCUGCUCAUCAACAAGCACGAUAAGCUGGAGUUGAGAUACAAGCUGGACGGCAGCAGAGACGCUGAGGUGUUUAGGAGCAGCGUAAAGAGCCUGGCCAACGGACAGCUGCACACGGUUUCCAUCAGGAGGCUGACAGAUUCUGUUUCUGUGCAGGUAAAACAUGAAGCAACAUGUGGUUUCAGCACGUACACAUCCAGAAGAGAGAAAGCAGUCUUUAGGAUUGACCAAAACAGCAAAGAAGACUUCAACCUUUCAUCUGAAGGGGAAUUCAGUGGCAUCAAGUCACUGGUUUUGGGCAAAGUGCACGGGCCUGAUGAUUUGGAUUCAGACCUGGUCCGGCUCGGGUCUCUUGGUUUCGUGGGCUGUUUGUCUGUGGUUCAGUUCAACUCCAUCAACCCUCUGAAAGCAGCUCUGCUCCAUCCGGACACCAGCCCUGUGGUCAUCUCCGGACCCUUUGUUCAGUCCAACUGCGGAUCUCUGGCUUCAGCCAAUCCCUACGCAGCAGAGAAUACGCACCACCUCUCAGACCAGUCUGGUUCAGUGGGUUCAGGACAACCUUUAGUCAAUGCCAUGAAGACGGACUCAGCUCUUAUUGGAGGUGUUAUAGCUGUUGUCAUCUUUGUGGUUGUGACCGUCCUGGCCAUAACUGGCAGAUUCCUGUACCGAAGAAAAGAGACAUAUAGAAACCAAGAAGUGAAGGGAAUGAAGCGGGAAGACAGCCAAGAUUUCCAUUACAACAACCAGGCUGACUCCCAGAAUGUCUCCAGUGAAAACCCAAAAGAGUUUUUCAUGUAACCGGUGGCUUGACACGCUGCUGUUUUUUCUGUGAGGAGGCUGCAGACGGGAGUGUCCGGCCACGCCUCAGGACUUUACACUGCACUAUGAGCCAGUCACACACUUUAAUGGACACUGUGGCUCCAUGCAAUAUAGAACGCAAACAAGAAACAGUGCAGACAGGUUUGACUUUUACUGUAUAUUGUGUAUAAGCUGAUUCAAACAGACAAGAGUGCAGGAAGGUGCUGCGCUGGAAGGUGUUCAGUCCUUGUUUGAACAACUGUAAAUAUUAAAAAAUGUAAAUGUUGGAGUCAUGUCACUCUGUUUUAGUGAAAACUUGUUUUAUGGUUUGAUUUAAAUUAAUUUCUUUAUUUCAGUGAAACAGGGUGUUUGGUGUGAUUUGCAGAUGAUGCUUUUCUAUUAGAUAUAAUGAAUGUUUGCUUUGUUUAAAGGAGACUGUUCUUCCUCCAGUGCGGCCCUCCAGAAGGCCACUUUUGGUGUUUGCACAAGUGUAAAACUUGUGAGCAGCUUUGGAGGAAUAACAGAAUGCACUCAUUCAAGAAUUUUAA